AUGGAAGUAGUGGAAACAAAAAAACAAUUUCAACUACCAUGCCAAAAAUCAGUAAAGUGUCCCUGUAAUGUUAAAGUAACAAAUCUAUUUUUUAUAUUAUCAUUUUCUAUUAACAAAAGUAAUGAUGGUUAUUAUUAUUAAUAUUAUUCACAUCUAGUGCGCAAGGAAAUAUGUGCAACCAUCUCGAGCAAAAUCAUUUGCUCCUAUGAGGAUGUACAAACCUCCUUCGAAAUUGUUUGAAGGUAAAACCACAUAUCACUUAUCAUAUUUAAAUGUGGAUCAUUCAGAAAUGCGACGGAGUCGAUCCCAACCCAUCAGACCCAAACCUGCUCUCAUUAAAUCUGAUGCUCAAUUUCUUGGUGAAACAACUAAUCAAUUAAGUUACAAAUACAUUGAAAACAUUCCUAAAACAAAACCAAUUAUACCUAAGCAAAGGUCGAUGAUCGUAUCUGGUCCAAUGGAAUCUGUUACUACAGUUCGUCAAGAUUAUUCACGUAAAUAUAUGGACAAACCAGAAAUCAUAAUACCUUGUGGGAGUAUUCGUUUGAGUUCCGGCAAACUAGAUGCUAAUACUACAGCAAAACUUUCUUAUGUGGAUCCAGGUUGUACGGAACCAACGAUUAAUUUUAAACCCAUAGUGGUCUAUUGUCCACCCAGUGAACCGGUUCUUCAUGACACUACGCAAAAGUUAAGUUAUCAGCCUGUUCACAUUGGAGAAAGGGAUACAUACUCCUGGCAGCAGAAACCAAUUUACAAGUCUCCAGAUGUUGCUAUGUGUGCAAAAACAACAUAUACCGAAAGUUUUUUGAAAAACGAGGAAUCAUGUAUGGAAAAACCUAUAAGGCCAUGUGCUACUAAUGUCUUUCCUAGCGGUGGUGAAUUUCAUGGAAAUACUAUUUAUAAGCAAAGUUAUUUGCAAUCUGCUAUUAUUGAACGCGUGGAACCUAUUAUUCCUUGCAAUGCUAUCUCGAAACCUGAUGGCAAAAUAUCAACAGAUACAACAAGCAAAUUAAGUUACAAACCAGUUUAUAGCGAGAAACGUUUGCCAAUAUUACCUCGCACCAGAAAUAUGAUAGGCGAUGGCUCGAUACAAUCUGAAACUACCAACCGUUGCGACUUUGUUAAAAAAAUGACAUUACGACCGGAUCUUAUUAUUCCAUGUAAUAAUCUUCGAAAUCCAGAUACACCAAUUGAUGACAGAACUACAACAAAAUUAUCUUACACGAAACCUGACGCAACAGAAUGGGUUCAAAGUUACAAACCUGUCGUUCAAUAUCAGAGAUCUGAAAAAAUUGAAUAUGAUACUGUAAAUAAACUGUCAUAUCAGCCUUGGACUCCAAUUCCUAAGGAACAUAUACCAUGGGCAUUUAAAGAUAAAUAUCAACCGCCUACAAAUCCUAUGUGUGCUGAUACUGUUUAUCAAGUUAGUUAUCCUGUACCUGGAUAUUAUGAAGAUAUUUGCGUGCCUAAAGAUUAUAAAUGUUUGGAUUCCAAAUGUGACAAUUCCUUAACACGAAUAGAGACUGCAAAUUGUGACUGA